AUGGGCUUCAGCAGCUGGAACCAGUUCGGUGACCAAAUAUCCGAGCAACUUUUCAGAGACACAAUUGACACAAUGGCCUCCAACGGUCUUCGGGACGCUGGAUUCAUCUACAUCAAUUUAGACGACGGCUGGCAACACUACAAAGGCAACCGCUCACAAAACCCACUCGAGCCCGACCCGGUCAAGUUCCCAAGCGGUAUGAAAGCUCUCGCAGAUUACGCACAUUCCAAAGGCUUCAAACUCGGUAUCUAUUCGGGGCCAGGAGAUAGUACAUGUGCAGGCUACACCGGCAGUCUAGGCCACGAAUUCGAAGACGCGGCUAUGUUCGCCUCAUGGGGAAUCGAUCACUUGAAAUACGACAGUUGCUGCAGCGAAGGACCUGACGCUCCGAUCCCCGAAGUCCAAGCCAUCGUGCUCAAGAUGUCUGAAGCUCUACUCGCACAAUCGCGUCCGAUGGUCUAUCAUGCGUGCCACUGCGGCUGGGCUGAUAUCUGGGAAUGGGCUGCGAGCGAAGGGGCGAACCAGUGGCGCAUCGGGCAGGAUAUCUCGGAUGACUUUAAUUAUCCUGGGAAUAGGGAGAAGUAUUAUUUCGAUGUGCUGGAUAUGUUGGAUGUUGGGAAUAAUAUCACGCAGUAUUCGGGACCGGGACACUGGAAUGAUUAUGAUAUGUUGAUCGUGGGACUGGAUGGGAAUAGUACUCAAUUGGUAGGGACGGGAGCCAGUAAUAUCGAGUAUAGGACGCAUUUUAGUAUGUGGUGUAUGGUGGCUUCUCCGCUACUGAUUGGGAGUGAUGUGAGGACAUUGAGCGAUUACGAUCUUGAGACUUUAACGAAUUCCGAAGUUAUCGAAGUCAGCCAAGAUCCGCUAGGUCAAGCCGCUCAGGUGGUUGGGACACAGGAUGUGGAUGGGAAUUUGCAGGUUUACGCCAAGGCGAUGGCGGAUGGGAGCUAUGCUGUUGCGUUGCUGAAUCGUGGGACUGUCACAGCGGAUAUGAGCAUUAGUGCGAGGAGAGACCUUACGGUGCCCUGGGACCGGUAUCGUCUGCGAGAUCUGUGGAAGCAUAAGGAUCAUGGCUGUUAUGAUAUUCCAUACACGAUUGAGGUUAUGCCGCACGAAGCCAAGAUCUUGAGGAUGUGGCAGGUUGACCUAAACGCUACGGCUUGUCAAUAUUUCCAAUGA